AUGGCCGCUCUGGGCGCUCUUGGGCUCGCCGGCAUCUGCCGCGAGACCCUCCGCGUCAUCCGCUCCCGCCCCCCGGGCUUCACCUUCGUGGCCGGCACGGCGAUCGCGCUCUCCCUGAUCUUGCUCGCCCACGUCGCCUUCGUCGGCGCCCUCUUCUCCGACGCCGUCGCCUCCUCUGCCGACGCCGGCCUCCUCCGCCUCGCCGCCAUCUGGGCAAGCUUCUUCCUCUUGGAGGCCGCAUGCCUCCUCGCCAUCGUCGUCCAGUUGCUCGGCUCCGCCGCCUUCUGCGUCUUCUCCAUCGCCCCGAGUUACGGCUUCACCGACGAUCGCGACGCGCGCUCCCUCGCGCGCUGCCUCCGCGCCGUCCCAGAGUUCCUGCUGUCGAUCUUCCGAGGUGACUCCCGCAGCAUCGCGCGCCACAUCCGAGCCGUCCCCAAGGUUGCAUGGCGCCUCGUAGCCACCUCCUACGACGCCUUCCUCGUCCUCCUCGGCUACAUCACUCUCUGGGCUCCGCCUCCGCCUGGCCCGCCAAUCGGCAUCCCCGCCCUCUCGCCGCUGCUCCGGCUGAGGAGAGUGAAGCGCGGGCUGCAGCUGCCGCGGACGCUGCAGCUGCUGGGCGACGCCGCGUUUCUCAUCUGGGCGGCGCACAUCGGCACGAUCUGGCGCGUCGCCUGCGUGAUGUCUGUGCUGGAGGACGCCGGGGGAGUCGGCGCCAUGCAAAGGAGCGGCAGGCUCCUCGCCGGCAAGUUCUGGGCCGCGGCUGCCAUUUUCUCGACGCUCGACGGCUGCGCCUUGGCCGUGCAACUGGCCUUCAAGGCGCUGGUGGUGGACGACACGAUGGGCCUCAGCGUCUGGCUCCGGGUGGCCGCUGGGGUGGCGAUGGCGGCGGCGCUGUGGGCGGCGGUGAUGGUAGGGCUGGUGGCGCAGGUGGUGGUGUACUUCGUGUGCAAGAACGACCACCGUCAGCGACCUAGGGCGAGCCCCUAG